CAAUACAGAGACCCUCGUGUGAAGCACUGGCUUGAUGAGCUCAGAGAUGCUGUGUUCCAGGCUGAGGAUCUGCUGCUUGAGAUUGCAACCGAGGCCUCUCGACGGAAGCUGCAACUUGAACUUCAUCCCACCACAGAGAUGGUUACUGAAACGCGACGCAACAGUACAAAACACGAACCUUGACAGAUAUUUCUCAUCUGGGUAUUCAUGGAUGAAGGCGAAUGAUAGGCUAUAAGAAGAAUGAGCCGAUAACGAUAACUCGAAGCAUUAUUUCUGAGGCUUGGGAAGCAACGGAACAAACAGAGUCUUCGGUUAAGGGAGAAAACAAAGUAAUCGUGCCAAUGUCUGUGGAUAAUGACGACGAAGAUCAUCUGCCGGGAGAAAUCUAUCACGUCGAGAAGAUUCUCUCCAAUGGCGAUUUCUAUACUGGCCAAUGGGGCGAUCAUCUUCCUCAAGGUCAAGGAAAGUACUUGUGGAUUGAUGGGUGUAUGUAUGUGGGUGAGUGGGAAAAAGGCAAGACCCAUGGUAAUGGAAUGUUUAGUUGGCCAAGCGGGGCAACAUAUGAAGGUGAAUUCAAAAAUGGUUAUAUGGAUGGUGUAGGUACUUACAUAGGUUCAUCUGGAGAUACCUAUAAAGGGUCUUGGGUGAUGAAUAUGAAACAUGGGAAAGGGACAAAAAGCUAUCCAAAUGGUGAUUACUAUGAUGGGGAAUGGAGGAAGGAGUUUCAGGAUGGUCAUGGGAGGUAUCAAUGGAGGAAAGGGAAUUAUUAUAUUGGACAAUGGAAGAAUGGGAGGUUCAAUGGGAAUGGUUCAAUGAUGUGGACAGAUGGGAACAGGUAUGAUGGUUUCUGGGAAGAUGGCUUGCCUAAGGGGAAUGGAACAUUCAGAUGGGCUGAUGGGAGCUUCUAUGUUGGGGUUUGGAGUAAAGAUCCAAAAGAGCAAAGUGGGACUUACUACCCUGCAGGUUCUACUUCUUCUGGUCAUAAAGAUUGGGACCCUCAAGAGGUUCUUUCUGCUGUUUUGAAUGAUUGUGUAGUGUACCCUUGUGACGAUGUGCCAAUUUAUCCUUCAGAGAAGAGGUUAAACUUGCCUGAGAUGAUGGCUAUGUUGCAGUCAGUAUCUAAGAAGGGACAUGAUGGUGGGAGGACUAGGUGGAUGUCUGCGGAUGCAAGGCUGAGUAGUUAUGGCAGUGAAGAAUUCCAUCGUAAUUCUGAUGUGGAAAGGAGAGCAAGUACAGAAAGUACAGGGAGUUUUCAGUUUGAAGAUGCUGUUUCAAGAGGGAAUAAACCGCCACAUUUGAGACUAAAGCCUCCCAAGAGACAGGGGGAGGCUAUAUCCAAAGGGCAUAAGAACUAUGACCUCAUGCUCAAUCUGCAGCUAGGAAUCAGACAUUCUGUUGGAAGACCUGCUCCAAGUGCAUCCCUUGAUUUGAAGCCUUCUGCAUUUGAUCCCAAUGAAAAAGUGUGGACCAAGUUUCCACCAGAAGGAUCAAAGCACACACCGCCUCACUCAUCUUGCGAGUUUAGAUGGAAGGAUUACUGCCCAGUGGUGUUCAGGGCUCUUAGAAAAUUGUUCAAAGUAGAUCCAGCUGAUUACAUGUUAUCGAUUUGUGGGAAUGAUGCCCUUCGUGAGCUCUCAUCCCCAGGAAAAAGUGGAAGCUUUUUCUAUUUGACCAACGAUGACCGAUACAUGAUAAAGACAAUGAAGAAGGCUGAAGGAAAAGUUCUCUUGCGUAUGCUUCCUGCAUAUUACAAUCAUGUUCGGGCUUUUGAAAACACUCUAGUGACCAAGUUCUAUGGUCUCCAUUGUGUUAAACUAACAGGAUCUGCACAGAAGAAGGUACGAUUUGUCAUCAUGGGGAAUCUAUUCUGUUCUGAAUUUUCCAUUCAUAGGCGCUUUGACUUAAAGGGCUCUACCUUUGGUCGUACAACUGAUAAACCUGAGUCAGAAAUAGAUCCAACAACCACCCUUAAAGACCUUGACCUAAAUUACAUUUUUCGGUUGCAGAAGGACUGGUUUGAAGAAUUUUGCAUGCAAGUGGAUAGGGACUGUGACUUACUUGAACAGGAAAGGAUAAUGGAUUAUAGUAUGUUGGUUGGUCUUCACUUCCAAGAAAAACAAUCUUAUAGAGAUUCUCUUACACCUACCCGUACUUCAGGAGGUUUCACUCCUAAAGACGGACAAUUUGACAAUGGUGGAACCCCUCGUCUUUCAAUAGCAGAUAGAGAUAAGCUUCUCAUAAGUCCUAGUCGGUUGCCAUCCAUUCAACUAGGUAUAAACAUGCCAGCGAGGGCUGAACGGACUGUGAGAAGCAAUGAGGGUGAAACUCCUCAGCUGGUUGGAGAACCAACAGGGGAUAUUUAUGAAAUUAUAAUCUUUUUUGGCAUCAUAGACAUAUUACAAGACUAUGAUAUUAGUAAAAAGCUUGAGCAUGCUUACAAAGCAAUGCAGUAUGAUGCAACUACAAUCUCUGCUGUUGAUCCUGGAUUAUACUCAAAACGCUUUCGAGAUUUCAUCUUCAAAGUUUUUGUAGAAGACACUUAAAGGGUAAAGUUUUUAUGCUAAUCAUUCAACUUUCAGCAAGAGGUCAUCCAAGCAAGAGGCAUUUACGGCAAUUACUCCAGUAAUCAGCACAUUCAUACCCAUUUUGGCCACAACUGCACUGAUAGGAGGGUGUUUUAUGAGUGCCAGGGGAUGCAGAACACAUCUGAAUGGACCUAGGUCUAAUUAUUUUUGGCAGUUGCAUCAGGAUCUUCAACAGAAACAUAACAAAUGAAAGACAUUUUCUAAAAUAAUUUAUGAGGAAAAAUUUUGUGUUCACUAUCUGCAUGUGCAUGCAAUGGUCCAAAUUUAGUCUACAAAUUUGGAGGCUGUGUUAAGAUUGUGCUGAUUCAAUUGAGUCAUUGUAUGUACAUACAUGUGGUGAAGAUACACAUACUUUUGUUAGAAAACCUCAGAAACUGCUAGAGAAGGGCACUGGAGUUUUUUUUUUUUUUUUUUCUCUCUUGUGAAAAUUGUGCAUUCCCCCUCUAGUCAUCAUACGUUUGUUUUGUGAAGGUCAUGAUAAUUAUAGUGACAGGAAAAUUAUUUGUUGUAUUCAAUGUUGUAGAGCCACCCUAGCAUAUUGCAAUUUGUAAAUGAAUCAACCAAAAAGGGUAAAACCAGUAUUAGAAAUCAUUCUUUUUGGUGGCCAUUUGUUCCCAGGGGAAUCUCGGGGGUUUUUUGCACUGAAUAAAAAUGUACAGAAGAUGAAGAGGGGUUUAGUUUGUAUGUAUGAAACAUUUAGAUUAAUCAUCUUGUUUUCCUUGGAACAGGAUUGGGUAUUCACUUUUUUGAUUCAGUGAAAUAGCUUACUCUUUUGUCUAAUGAUGCCUCCUCUUCCAUGUUGUGGCCUU